AUGUGGGGUUGGUUUGGCGGUGCCGCCGCGCAGAAGCGCAAGGAUGCACCCAAGAGUGCCAUCCUCGACCUCCGGUCGCAGCUCGAUAUGCUCACGAAGCGCGAGAAGUUCCUCAUGACGCAGAUCGAGGACCAGGAGGCCAUUGCUCGCAAGAACGUCACGACAAACAAGACCGCGGCCAAGGCAGCCCUGAGGCGGAAGAAGAACCACGAGUCUUCCCUCGAGCAGACGAUUUCGCAGAUAGGAACACUGGAGCAGCAGAUCAACUCGAUCGAAUCGGCAAACAUCAAUAGGGAGACGCUGGCUGCCAUGGAGAAGGCAAAUGGCGCCAUGAAGGAGAUCUACCGGAACCUUACACCAGAGAAGGUGGACCAGACUAUGGAAGAUUUGAGGGAACACAACGCUAUGAGUGGGGAGAUUGUCGCUUUAAUGGCGAAUUCAGGCGUCGGGGAGGCCAUCGACGAAGACGAGCUGGACGAGGAGCUCGAAUUGCUACAGCAGGAACAACUCGACGAGCAGAUACUCAAGACCGGGAACGUCCCCGUAUCAGAUGCCGUUCACAAGCUGCCCACGGCUGCAAAUACAGAGCUCGUAAAACAACCUGUGGAGGAUGACGCAGAAGCGGAGCUGGAAAAGCUUCGUGCUGAGAUGGCAAUGUAA